AUGGCACUAGCUGAUAUUGAUGCUAAGCGGUUUCCCGUUCAGAAACACCAAAAAUACUUUGAACGACAUCUUUUGAUCCUGCCUUCUAAGUAUCAAGACAAUGAGCCAAACAAACUUGCCAUAGUGGCUUAUUCACUGAUAGGACUGAAUAUCCUGGGCAUUGACACCUCCAAAAAGUACCAAAAUAGCAAAGCAUGGCUCCUCAAACAUCAGCAGUGUGCUCGGUACGACGGUUUCUCAAUUGCUGGUUUUAUACCUAGCAUCUCGAUUCACAUUGAAGAAAAUCCAUCAUUUAGCCUGAUGAGUACACUUUUCGGGCUCUGGUGUAUUAUAUGUCUCGAGGAAGAUGGUUUGGAUUCAUAUCAUGAGGAAUUGGACGUUGCAGGAAUAUGCCGAUUUGUAUCGAAGUGCCAGAGCGAAAAUGGUUCGUUCGUAUCCAGCUUUGAUACCUUAGCUUCUGGCAGAAUUUUGGCCUCUUCGAUUGAUCCAACCGAUCUCAGAUAUGCCUACGCUGCCGUAACAAUCCUAUAUCUGAUGGGAUGCCGAAACACACAAGAUUUUGGUCGUUACAUCUCCGUAGAAAAGCUUAUGGUCUUCAUUAACGCGCAGGCGUGUGGCAGUGGAUUUGGUCAGUACGGUGAGCCUCAUGCAGGGCUAACCUCUUGUGCACUUUCUAUUCUAGAUAUGUUAGGCGACCAAUGGAGCACAUUGCCCUCUCCAUUCUUCGAACGGACCAUAGAUUGGUUGUUGCACCGCCAGGUAUCUAGUCAAGGCAGUAUGACUCUAAUGACGAAUAGUAAUGAAUGUUACGAUAUCGAUGACCACGGCGGAUUUCAAGGCAGGGAGAACAAAUUCGCAGAUACGUGCUAUUGUUUCUGGUGUUUGAAUUCCUUGAAUAUCCUCCAAAAACGAAUAGAAACCAAAUUUGACCGUGGUGAUAUCCUCUCAGAAUACUUGUUGGAAAAGACACAAAGCAAGCUGCUAGGAGGAUUUGCCAAGAACAACGAAAACGAUCCUGAUCUUUAUCACAGCUGUCUAGGAUUGGCAGCUCUCGCGUUGAAUUCUGGGGAAUUCGACGGUACAGUGUUUUUACCUAAAAGACUCUCACGACGUAUCAGGAUGGAAGCAGAGGUGGGAACAUGA